UUGACGCAGGAUCGGACUGCGCUCAGGUACACCGUCGCAUCACACUCACAGAGAGAGGGAGGCAGAGGAACGAUAUUUAUAGCCUAGAGCGAGGCUGGAGAACAGACAGAGCCAAAGCUUGGGAAGCAGCAUCGACCAGAGAGGCGCACAAACGAGGGCGAACCAAACAUGAAAGCCUUCCUUUUAUUAUUUGGAGCUGCGGUGGUUGCGCUGACACGCGCAGCCGCUUCCGACGGGGAGAUCUCCUUCGAGUACCAUCGCUAUGACGAGCUGCGGAAAGCGCUGGUGUCGGUGUGGUUGCAGUGUCCGACCGUCACCCGCAUCUACACCACUGGAGAGAGCUUUGAGGGCCGCGAGCUGCUGGUGCUGGAGAUGACCGACAACCCCGGAACGCACGAGCCUGGUGAGCCGGAGUUUAAGUACAUUGCCAACAUGCACGGCAAUGAGGCAGUGGGGAGAGAGCUGCUCAUCUACCUGGCCCAGUAUCUCUGCAACCAGUAUCAACAAGGCAACGAGACCAUCAUCGACCUCAUCCACAACACCCGCAUCCACCUGAUGCCCUCCAUGAACCCUGAUGGCUUUGAGAAGGCGGCGUCACAGCCUGGAGAGAUCAAGGACUGGUUUGUGGGGCGCAGUAAUGCGCAGGGGAUCGACCUGAACAGGAACUUCCCUGACCUGGACCGCAUCGUCUACAUCAACGAGCGAGAGGGCGGAGCCAACCACCACCUGCUACAGAACAUGAAAAAGGCCGUGGAUGAAAACCCAAAGCUGGCUCCAGAGACCAAGGCAGUAAUCCACUGGAUCAUGGACAUCCCCUUUGUCCUCUCUGCAAACCUGCAUGGAGGAGAUGUUGUAGCCAACUAUCCAUAUGAUGAAACCAGAACUGGAUCCACCCACGAGUACAGUGCUAGUCCAGAUGAUGUGACCUUCAAGUCUCUGGCUAAAGCAUAUUCCAUGUACAACCCUGUCAUGUCUGACCCUCAGCGGCCCCCCUGCCGGAAGAAUGACGACGACUCCAGCUUCAAGGAUGGCAUCACUAAUGGCGGAGCGUGGUACAGUGUGCCUGGAGGUAUGCAAGACUUCAAUUACCUCAGCAGCAACUGCUUUGAGAUCACUCUGGAGCUCAGCUGCGACAAGUUCCCCAGUGAAGACACGCUGAAGACCUACUGGGAGCAGAACCGCAACUCCCUCGUCAACUACAUCGAGCAGGUUCACCGUGGCGUGAAGGGCUUUGUCCGUGAUCUGCAGGGAAACCCCAUUUCCAAUGCCACCAUCUCUGUGGAGGGCAUAGACCAUGACAUCACCUCAGCCAAAGAUGGAGACUACUGGCGCAUUUUGGCUCCAGGAAACUACAAAGUAGCAGCCACUGCACCAGGAUACCUGACUGUCAUCAAGAAGGUGGCUGUCCCCUACAGCCCUGCAGCUCGGGUAGACUUCGAGCUGGAGUCAUUGAUGGAGAGGAAGGAGGAGGAGCGGGAGGAGCUGAUGGACUGGUGGAAGAUGAUGUCAGAGACACUAAACUUCUAGAGCGUCUGUCUCAACGGUCCGACCAUUCGCACAUCGAUGUAGAAAACCCAUUCUGUGUGCCCGUCCACUCUAAAGAGGAUAUAUAUAUAUAUAUACAAAAUAUCAUCUCUUUCCAGUUGUUUUUCGAUCACACCUUUGAUUAUCUUCUUUGCCUCACAACUCCUGUAGAUGGUCUGAAUGUUCUGCACGCAGUGAAAGACAAGCAAGAGGCGAGCGGGUGGCGGUGUGGCUGCUGUUGACUUCCGUGGCAUUGUGUUCUUUUGUUGUACACGUGAUUGGUAACCAUGGCACCUAUCUAUAUAACCGGUGAAUGAUGGCGUAAUUAGAGAAGCUGUUUACAUGGCUCUGUUUAUGAGAAACCAUGAUUUUAUUUCUUCCUGUUUUAAAUGUCUCUGUUUUUCCGGUCUUUAGUACACACACACACAGAAAGUUACUGCACACAAAACGUCUCUCCUCCUAUCAUCUUUAAUCACAGUGUGUGAAAAUUUUAUGUUACUGUACUGUAAUAUAAUUUAAAAAAAAAGCAACAACACUAUAGUUCUGAUAUAAUCAGGGACAUUAGAAACACUGUAAUAUAACUGUACACAUUAUAUUGUAUGCAGUCCAUAAAGGCCGGCUCAUUUCCCUCAUCUGUUAGUGAUGUUGAGAUUUUUUUAAACAGCAGCACAGCUUUGAGUUUAGCACAAGAAUGAAUAUAAUAUUUAAUGUAUUUAUGACUUAGGUACAGCAAGAAAUAUAUCGCUAAUUUGGUUCCCUUAACGCAAAUAGAAACGUCUUGUCAGACUGACCUCUGUUAGUUCACUGCACAUGCAUGUAAGGAAGUGUCAGAGAAAUUGCUUUUUAGAGAUGAAUUAUUGUAAAACUCUAUUCUUAACCUAAAAAAAAUGCUGUGGAUGCAGUUUAACAAAACUGGACCUCCAGAAAUGAAUGUACAGAGAAAGAAACUUUUUAAGUGUCAUGAAUGGCCUGAUCAAUAAAAUUCCCCCCUUUAUGUUGUCAAA